AUCCGACUUACUGCUUCUCGUUUUGGUCAAAUAUGCAAAAUGAGAAGUACUACCAGUUGUAAAAAUACCAUUUAUGAUUUGUUAUAUGCAUGUGAAGCGCAGGCGAAGUCUUUACAAUAUGGACGAGACAUGGAGGCAAUAGCUCGUACAGAAUUGAAAAAAAAUAUUAAUAAAAAAAUUGAAACAUGCGGUUUACUGAUAGAUCCAAUAAUCCCAUAUUUAGCUGCGAGUCCAGAUGGUCUGGUAGAAGAUAAUGCCAUUGUGGAAAUCAAAUGUCCAUUUGCUGCCAAGAGUACUUUAAAUGCAAUAGAUGCCGUGCAAAAUAAACUUCUACAGUAUUGUAAAAUAAUCGAUGGAUCAAUUAAGCUAAAAUUAGACCAUGCAUACUACUUCCAAAUAAUGGGCCAAUUGCAUAUAUCCCGAAGACAAAUGUGCUACUUUGUGAUAUACACUUCGAAUUGGAUGAAUAUUGAAAUAAUUGAAUAUGACAAUUCAUUUUGGGAAAAUAAAAUGGUCAACAAAUUAAAAACAUUUUAUGUAGAAUGUUUACUCCCCAAGAUUGUCGAUCCAUUAUAUCCUAAACGUAUGCUCAAAGCAGAUAUAAGAGAAUCGGAUAGAAUAAAAAAUAGUAUUAUUUCAAACGAAAAAAAGUCGGCAAGUGGGUACCGCUCUGCUGUACAUUAGGGGGUGGGGUAGACCUCGGACUAGGGUAGAUUAAAUUUGAAUGCAAUGAUAAGUAUCAUUGUAUACGAAAAACGAUUCUGAACGGAGAUGAUUUGUCAGUCUAUA